AUGGCCGGUCGCACAUAUCGAAGGGAGGCACAAGCUUCAGGGGCAUCGCACGUUUCCACAGUUUUGACUCACGGGUUAAUCGGAGCAGUUGAACGUAUCGCUGCCCUUGGGCACCAGGUAGUAAAUGCCCCUUGCACCGUUUCAAGAGUAAUCGAACCAUCAUUGGGUCUUACUGCUGGUGUAGACACCCUCGAGCAAGCAAGCCAUCUCUCUCGAAAGCGAGAUGAUUGUUGCCCGGUGUCUGCUGCAUACAGGUUACACCCAUGCCCCACCAAGGUCUCACAUGCACCUUGUAGCAUGCGAAGUCAAUCGAUCGCAGCUGGAAGGGAUCAUCGCAACUCUCCGUCGAAGAUCACUUUGAACCACAAAAUUAGACCAUAA